AGUCAGUCAUGUCUAUAUUCGGAACUUGUGGAAACUGAAACACGCAAUUAGGUUGAGUCAAAUUCAAUUCCCUGAAUAAGUCAACCUAGACAUAACUACAGUCAAUGCAAUAUCACCUAACGCCUUGCUGUCUGCUAAGAGAGAUGAAAUUUCAACAGCAUCAAUUGUUAGCAACAACUAACAAGUAGAGCAGCGCAUGAGUUAAUCACAAUUAUCGAUCAAAAACUCACGUUGUUGUUCAAAAAAGAUGGGAGCAUUAUAUUCCAGCUUGCGCAAUUGCCUCAAAAAAUGGAAAUACCGCGAUAAUUCUGCUGCUUCACCUGCUGAAGCAGAAGAAAUGUCUGAUCUUUUCUUUGAGCUUCGUAUUCUUCAAGUUGCCACUAAUUUCUUCUCCGACAUGAAUUUAUUGGGUCAUGGUGGUUUUGGCCCUGUUUUCAAGGGAUUGAUGCCAAAUGGGCAAGAAGUAGCAGUGAAGAAGCUGUCAGCAUAUUCUAGGCAGGGAGUGAAGGAAUUUACUAAUGAGGUGAAGCUGCUGUUGAAGAUCCAGCAUAAAAACUUGGUCACAUUGUUUGGUUGCUGCAUAGAGGGAUCUGAGAAGAUGCUUGUGUACGAGUAUCUUCCAAAUAAGAGCCUUGAUUAUUUUCUUUUCAAAAAAGACAAAUCAGCAGUCCUUACUUGGCCUACACGAUACCGGAUCAUUACUGGAAUUGCUAGAGGACUUCUCUACCUCCAUGAAGAAGCUCCAGAAAGGAUAAUUCAUAGAGACAUAAAAGCCAGCAAUAUACUGCUUGAUGAUCAUUUAAAUCCUAAGAUAUCAGAUUUUGGUUUGGCCAGGUUAUUUCCUGGUGAAGACACCCAUCUGGAUACACUCAAGAUUUCUGGUACUUAUGGUUAUAUGGCUCCUGAGUACGCAAUGCAUGGAUAUUUGUCAGUGAAGUCAGAUGUCUUCAGUUUUGGGGUACUGAUGUUGGAAAUUGUAAGUGGAAGAAAAAAUUUUGUGGACCACCUUGGGGCAGAAAAGGCCGACCUCUUGACCUAUACAUGGAAGCUCUUCCAGGAAGGAAAGUCACUGGAGUUAGUUGAUGGUGGCCUUGCCAAAUGCAACCCUGACGAGGCAGCAAUGUGCAUACAGCUUGGGCUUCUGUGCUGCCAGGCAACUGUUGCUGAAAGGCCAACCAUGAGCUAUGUUCAUCUAAUUCUGUGCAGUGAAUCAUUCAGUUUGGCUCAACCAGGAAAACCUGGAGUUCAUGGCCGCCGAUGGAUUGCAACAACUAACUCUUCUUCUGCUAUUACAAACACUAAUCCUAGUAGUUCUUACACUGGGAAAACUUUAACCGGGAGCACUGUUGAAGACCUCUCCAGAAAUUCCAUCUCUCUUUCUUCUCUAGAUGAAGGUAGAUGACUUAUUUCUGGAUUGUUUGCAGAAUAUUUUAGGAGAUUGCAGAUGUAUACAUGUAGAGCUUAUUGUACACUUUGCAUUCAAUGUGAUUAGUUGUAUAUAUUUUGGAUACUAAACUAUCAUUAUUAUUAAUAAUUCAACC